UCUCUAGGGUUGUCGAUCAAUGCUUUUGUCAUUCACAACUUGUGCGUAAGCUUGAAGCUGUAUCCCCUGUAACAUUGCCGAUCCAUCCUCUCAGGUGACGUGCAGAGUCUGUUCAGCUUGUAACUUUGUCUACUUGUCUUGCGGAGUCUGUUGCAGGAUCUGGGUGUCUCCAUCUCUUUCUAUCUAACAGAGUGAAUUAGAGCAAGUUGGGAAGGUUGGUGACUGUUCGAGGUAUGGAACGAGGUAGAAAUGAUCACCUCCCAAGAAAUUGAGAUGAUCCCACUUCGAGUUUUCUGAACAAGUUCGAGUAGCAGAGUUAUCCAACAGUCAUGGCGAUGAUUCUGUAUGGAGGCCCAACUCCCAAUGUGAUCCGAUCCAUUCUACCACUCUUUGAAGCUGAGGUGGAUACCGAGAAUGAACUGAAAUUGGUGAGAGUGGCCUUACAAACUGCUCAACACCGUCAGCCCAUCUACACGACUAAACAGCCUUUCGGACAAAUCCCAUUCUUCGAGGAUGGCGACGUGAAAAUUUUUGAAUCUCGAGCCAUAGCCAGGUACAUAGCUGAGAAGUACGAGGGCCAAGGCACGCCGCUCCUGGGCAAGUCGCUGAAGGAAAGAGCGAUCAUUUACCAGUGGAUCGAGAGUGAGGGCCAGAACUUCCAUCCUUGCGUAGGACCCGUGGUGCGAGAAAUGUUUGUGGCUCCUCGUGAGAAGCGACCAGUGAAUGAGGAAGUUAUAUCAACAUGUUUGGCUAAACUCAACAAUGUCUUGAACGUAUACGAGGCGCACCUCGCCAAGGGGAGUAAAUUCAUUGCAGGUGAGAGCUUCUCCCUGGCCGACGCAUUCCACACGCCCUACAUGAACUGGGUCAAAAAUGUCAAGCCUGAGCUGCUGGAAAACCGCCCACACGUCUCGGCUUGGGUUGAAGCCAUCACCUCUCGGCCUGCAUUCCAAAAGUGUCUGCAACUGGACUGGGAAAACGCCGCAGCAUUGGAGUAGUGAAAGCUUUUGUCUUAAAACAAUUUUGCAGGCUAGUCAUGUCUAUUUAGACAAGUUAAAAGUACUGAAACAUGACAGGAAGCAUUUUUUAAGUGGAAGAUGAACCGUAUCUCACCAAUUAACAUGCUCCGAAAGAGAAUUCCUGGAGGUAGUUUUGUUUCUCAAUGGAGAAAACUGCAUGACUGAAUUCGUGUUGUGUUUUUGAUAGCAUGGUGAUCUGUAUAAUUUAGUGAUGUUUGCAAGGGCUAUCAGAAAAAUCAGGUGGUUGUAAAGGACCUCUGUUGGGUGUUCGAAUUGUAUUCGGAGCACUUCGAGAGACCCAGUAAACAAUAAGACAUAGUAUGUGUGUCUCUCAUAAGAUGUAUAUAGCUGCCUUCUGAUAAUAAUAUGCAAGGUUUUCCUGAAAGUAUUUGCUCUUAAGCUGGUCCUUAAGCUUAACUUUCUUUGGAAA